AGUGUUUUAGGUAUCGGAAGAUUCCUUCAUUCAUUCAUUCUUCUUAGUUUCCAUCAAAGCACUAGUAGAACGCGAUUGGCUGUGGGUUACAAUCGGAAUCGGAGUUCUUCGUAAAAAAAAUGGUUAACAUGAAGUUUCACCAGUACCAGGUUGUUGGAAGGGCUCUUCCCACCGAAACCGAGGAACACCCUAAGAUUUAUCGCAUGAAGCUUUGGGCCACUAACGAGGUUCGUGCCAAAUCCAAGUUCUGGUAUUUUUUGAGGAAGUUGAAGAAGGUUAAGAAAAGCAAUGGGCAAGUGUUGGCCAUCAAUGAGAUCUUUGAGAAAAACCCCACCAAGAUCAAGAACUAUGGUAUUUGGUUGCGAUAUCAGAGUCGUACUGGUUACCACAACAUGUAUAAGGAAUACCGCGACACUACUCUCAACGGUGCUGUCGAGACAAUGUACAAUGAAAUGGCAUCUCGUCAUAGGGUGAGGUUUCCAUGCAUCCAAAUCAUUAAAACUGCCACAAUCCCUGCUAAUCUGUGUAAAAGGGAGAGCACUAAGCAAUUCCACAAUUCCAAAAUCAAGUUCCCAUUGGUGUACAAGAAGAUUAGGCCACCAACUAGGAAGCUCAAAACAACAUACAAAGCAACCAAACCCAACUUGUUUAUGUGAUUCAAUUAAUCAUAUUUCUCUUUUCAUAUUGGAGCUGCUUGUUUCAUUGUGUUUUACCAAACUUCAUUGCCAGCAAACUUGGACAUAGUUUGCAAUUUUCCUAGUUUGUUAUUGAUUGAUUAUUUUGUCUUUAUCUUUUUUUCCUUUGUAGUUAUUUACCAAACUUUGAUGUUUUGGUUUGACCUAGAAAUGAUUUUUACCGUCACUUUUCAAA